GCCAUGGGGAGGUGGAGGAGGACGGAUUGUUUUCUUUGUUAUUUUUAAACUCUUGUAACUCGUCCUUAUGACACGAUUCACAGUGAACUGUACACGCCAGGAUCCCCGAUGCACUCGAAAACGGAGAGCAGGCUUUCAGAGGAGGAAUUCUUUGGCAGCGGCACUGGUAGAAGUCUGGAUUUAAUUGUUGUGAAGUUUUGGCCGUACUGGGACUGGGAAAGUGGACAUUACGACUAUGAGCGUGAGAGAAAAGGGAUACCCAGUGGACCUGGGGGGCAACUUCACUGAAGAUGCUCCAAGACCCCCUGUCCCUGGGGAGGAGGGAGAGCUGGUGUCUAGCGAUGUGCGGCAAUACAACCACAGUUUCUACUCCGGCAAGAGCGAGAGCCUCAAAAGCGAGGCCUCCACGGCCACGCCCAGGCGGCCGGAUUUGGACCUGGGAUAUGAGCCCGAGGGCAGUGCCUCCCCCACGCCGCCCUACUUGAAGUGGGCUGAGUCCCUGCACUCCCUCCUGGAUGACCAAGAUGGGAUCCACUUGUUCAGGACCUUUCUCAAGCAGGAGGACUGCGCGGACCUUUUGGACUUCUGGUUUGCGUGCAGUGGCUUCCGGAAGUUGGAGGCCAAUGAGUGCAGUGAGGAGAAAAAACUAAAACUGGCAAAGGCCAUUUACAAAAAAUACAUCCUGGACAACAAUGGGAUUGUGUCAAGGCAGAUCAAGCCAGCCACUAAGAGCUUCAUCAAGGACUGUGUGAUGAAGCUGCACAUCGAUCCCGCCAUGUUUGACCAGGCCCAGACUGAAAUCCAGAAUAUGAUGGAGGAGAACACAUAUCCUGUGUUUCUCAAGUCUGAUAUUUAUUUGGAGUACACCAGGACAGGUGGGGAGAGCCCAAAGUUGUAUAGUGACCAGAGUUCAGCAUCAGGGAAUGGGAAGGUUUUACCUGGAUAUUUACCGACUUUGAAUGAGGAUGAGGAAUGGAAGUGUGACCAGGAGCCGGAUGAACAUCUGGAGUGUGACCCCACCCCCACCAACCGACUUACACAGAAGCUGCUGAUGGAGACUGCCCCACAGAGGGCAGUCACUGGCAAGAGGUACCAGGACAGCCGGGAGUACAGGCAAGCAGCAUGGAGGGAGCCAGUCAACCCUUACUAUGUCAACACCGGAUAUGCCCUGGCUCCUGCCACCAGCGCCAACGACAGCGAGCAACAGAGCAUGUCCAGCGACGCCGACACACUGUCCCUGACGGACAGCAGCGUAGAUGGGAUACCACCAUACAGAUACCGCAAGCAGCAUCGACGGGAGAUGCAGGAAAGCGCCAAAGCAAAUGGGCGAGUGCCACUACCUCAUAUUCCUCGCACACACCGGAUGCCAAAGGAUAUUCACGUCGACCCGGAAAAAUUUGCUGCAGAGCUGAUCAGGCGCUUGGAAGGUGUCCUGCGGGAGAGGGAGGCCCAGGAGAAGCUGGAGGAGCGACUGAAGAGGGUUCGAUUGGAAGAGGAGGGGGAUGAUGCUGACGUCUCAACAACGCCUUCACUAGCCAGUCACAAGCUUCCCCCCGUCCCCCAACACUACAAUGCCCGUUACUCGGAAACGGCUUACAAUGGACUCCAGCUCCGUGACGCCCAUGAGGAGAACCCGGAGUCCAUAUUAGAUGAGCAUGUGCAGCGCGUCAUGAAGACCCCCGGGUGCCAGUCUCCAGGCACCGGCCGCCACUCGCCCAAGUCCCGGUCGCCGGACGGGAUCCUGACCGGCAAGGUGCCAGGGCUGAUGAUGCCGCUCGGCCCCGGGCACGGCAAGCACCCGGCCAAACAGGGACUGAAGCCCGACGCGGGCAGCAUGUACCACCACAAGCAUGUGUACCACAUCCACCACAUGGGUGGCGUCAAACCCAAAGAGCAGAUUGAGUCCGAGGCCAUGCAGAGGGUGCAGAACAACUUUGCUUGGAAUGUAGAGCCGUAUCACUAUGCAACCAAGUCUCGCAACUAUGCCGAGAGCAUGGGGGUGGUCCCUAAUCCCAUGGAAUCUUUGGGACACAACAGCAAAGGCACGCUGUCAAAGCGGCCCUCCAAGAAGCUGGAGCCUGGGAAGAGCGAGGAUGUCCGCGGCUUUGAGAUGCAGGUCCCCCAAGAGGACCUGGAGAGAAACCAGAAGAUCAUCCAGUGGAUGAUGGAGGGGGAGAAGGAGGCGGGCCGACACAAGAAGACUCCAUACGGCAGCAGCACCACCGGGGCCAAGAAGACCCCGAGUCACGAGGUCCUGCGGCCCAGCUCGGUGGAGCGCCCCGGGGCAGUUCACCCCUGGAUCACCGCGCAGCUCCGUAACAACGUGCAGCCCUCGCACCCCUUCAUCCAGGACCCCACCAUGCCUCCCAACCCCGCCCCCAACCCCCUCACCCAGCUGGAGGAGGCCCGCAGGCGGCUUGAGGAGGAGAAGAAGAAGUCAGGCACGCUCCAGACGAAACAGAGGCAUAAAACCAUAAAGAAGCUGCCCUGUGAGAACAUUACAGUGGCAUAUUACUUCUGUGGAGAGCCUAUCCCCUACAGGACAUCUGUCAAAGGAAGGAUUGUCACGCUUGGUCAGUUCAAGGAGCUACUUACAAAGAAAGGGAGCUACAGGUAUUACUUCAAGAAGGUGAGCGAUGAGUUUGACUGUGGUGUGGUUUUCGAAGAGGUACGCGAAGAUGAUGCGAUCCUGCCCAUCUUCGAGGAGAAGAUCAUCGGCAAAGUGGAAAAGAUCGACUGAAGAGGACAGUGGGAGACGCAUCAGAAGCGAAGGCCGGGGAGUGGAGAAAGACAAGGGGUCCUGUUGAGUGAAAGGGAACGUGUUUCAGUGGAGAUCGAAGGGCGAAGCUGUUAUAUGGUACAGGGAAUGUCUUGAUCAGCUGGAGGGGAGAAUUCAAGAAGAAGCAGAGGUUGGAAAGUGUCACUGUGGGAAAUCUAAUAUAGACUUUAUAGGCUUCCACUUCUGCACAGAGGUUAUAUUUUCCUCUACCCGCUGCUCAGUGCU